CUUAAUAAUGAUUUUGACAACAUAAAUUUUUACUCUAUUGAGAAAAAAAGAAACCUACCAAAAUGUUAAGCCAUAUAUAAGAAGAUUAAGCAAUAAAGAUUAGUAAACUUUGAAUAAAUUUAAGGACUGUUUAUAAGCCAAUAUGUCAUGCCAUUAUUCUGGGUCUCUCAACUAAGGAGCAUGUUACUAACUUGUUUGCUGCUAGGUUAGGAAUGGACACAGUCGAGAAAAAAAAUACAGAUUUCAAUUAAAUGUUCUCGGAACUUUGUUUGCCGUAUUUUGAAAAGAUAGCUGAAUUUAGAAAAGAAGAUCAAGAUGAAAAUAGAGGAAAAUAUUAUUACUCACAAACUCCAAAUAAAGAAGAGAUCUCAUAUGGAAAUAGUUUGUUAAAAAUUACUUUAGAGUGCCUAGAAGCAUGGGCUAAGUUGUACCCUUGUUAAAGCGAUUAAUUGACAUAAUCAGCCUUCUUUAAGACAUAUACUAGACUAUUGGAGAAAAAGGUAAAAUUUCCAGAUUAAUAUUACUAUAUCAAAAAGGAGAUGGUCGAUAAUAAUACAUCUCCUAUGCUUACAAAGAUACUUUCAAUUUACUCUGAGAUUUAAAGGAAAAAUAUCUAGCUUCCAAACGCCUAAACAUCGGAAAUAGUUUAGUAAGAUUAACAAUAAAAAUAAACUCAAGCUAAUUAAUAAGGAGAGAUGCAGAAACCUAAAAGUAUCUCCUCUCUUGAAAAAAAAAAUCAGGAAAUAAAAUAUUGGGAAGCUCAAUCACUUAUGAAUGAAUUUAGCUAAUUGAAAGAAUAAUUAAAUGAGAAAUAAAACUGUAAAGAAGAAGAAAGUCAAGAUUUCAUAGAUUUUGUGUUGCUUAAUUAAAAUAUAAAUCAAUUAAUGGGUAAGAUUGAAACCAAAAUUGAAGAAUUCUUAAAUCAAGAUGAUGUAAAUACUUCGCUAGAACUUUUGAAAGUUUACGAUGAAAUUAAGAUUUUAAGUGAAUACUAUUAAAAAUUAGAAAAAGAUAAAAUUUUCGAGCUUCUAUAAUAAUAAUAAUCACUAUAAUAAUAAUCUAAAUAAGAAGACAGUGAUUCAUUUAGUAAUACAAAUUAAGCUACUAAUGAAUAACUCAACGAAGAGGAAUUAAAAGAGUAAAAUCGACAAAAAUUAUUUGAUUUUAUAAUGUUAUUGUAACAUACAGUUGAAUAGAGAGUUACGUUGUAGCAGCAGAAGGAAAAGUUAAAAAGAUUGCAAAUUAUAGAAAAAGGGCUUUAACAACAAAUAUUAAAUAUUUAAAAGCAGAGUGACAGUGUAUCUUCAUCAUCAGAAGAUCCAGAAAUACAUAAUAGUCAAUCAUCUGAUCAAGAACCUGAUAAGAGAUCCGAAAGUGAAUAACAAGAGACUUUAGACUAAAGUGACAAAUUGGAAAUGGAAAAAAUGAGAUAAGAGAUAUCUGAGUUAAAAGUGGAAAAUGAAAAUAUGAAAUAAGAAAUAGAAAGCCAAAUAAAUAAUUAAAUAUAAUAACAAGAAGAAAAAAUUGAUUGAUUUCC